UGCGCGACCGAUCGCAGUCCGUGUCUAACCGUUGCACCGUGCAAAUCUCCAAGCCCCGCAAGAGUGACCCCCGUGCCGAAAGCGGCCAACGCCCACACGAUCAAUUCAGUUUAGUGCUUUGUGAGAUUUUAAUUGAAAACAAAAAUGGGCAAAACGCCGGCCAUCGGAAUCGACCUCGGCACGACGUACUCGUGCGUCGGGGUUUGGCAGCACGGCAAGGUGGAGAUCAUCGCCAACGACCAGGGCAACCGGACGACGCCGUCCUACGUGGCGUUCAACGACACCGAACGGCUGAUCGGGGAUGCCGCCAAGAAUCAGGUGGCCAUGAACCCGAAGAACACGGUGUUUGACGCGAAGCGGCUGAUCGGGCGCCGCUUCGACGACCAGAAGAUCCAGGAGGACAUGCGCCACUGGCCCUUCCAGGUGAUCAACGACGGCGGCAAGCCCAAGAUCCAGGUCGAGUUCCAGGGCGAGACGAAGCGGUUCGCGCCGGAGGAGGUCAGCUCGAUGGUGCUGACCAAGAUGCGCGAGGUGGCGGAGGUCUACCUGGGCGGGAAGGUCACGGACGGUGUCAUCACGGUGCCGGCGUACUUUAACGACUCGCAGCGCCAGGCCACGAAGGACGCGGGCGCGAUCGCCGGCCUGAACGUGCUGCGGAUCAUCAACGAACCGACGGCGGCGGCGCUGGCUUAUGGGUUGGACAAGAAUCUUAAGGGCGAGAAGAACGUGCUGAUCUUCGAUCUGGGCGGUGGAACGUUUGACGUUUCGAUCCUCACGAUCGACGAGGGAUCGCUGUUCGAGGUCAAGUCCACAGCCGGAGAUACCCACCUGGGCGGGGAGGACUUUGACAACCGUCUGGUGAACCACUUUGCCGAGGAGUUCAAGCGCAAGCACAAGAAGGACAUGAGCGGAAACGUACGGGCGUUGCGUCGUUUGAGGACGGCUUGCGAGCGUGCGAAGCGAACGCUGUCGUCCAGUACGGAGGCAUCGCUGGAAAUUGACGCCCUGCACGAGGGCGUUGACUUUUACUCCAAGAUCACGCGAGCUCGCUUCGAGGAGCUGUGCAUGGAUCUGUUCCGAUCGACGCUCGCUCCGGUUGAGCGAGCCCUCGGCGAUGCCAAGCUGGACAAGGCCUCGAUCCACGACGUGGUCCUCGUCGGAGGUUCCAUCCGAAUCCCCAAAAUCCAAAAGAUGCUGCAGGACUUCUUCUGCGGAAAGGCACUCAACCUCUCCAUCAACCCGGACGAAGCCGUCGCUUACGGCGCAGCCGUCCAAGCGGCGAUCCUCAGCGGAGACGGAAGCUCCCAAAUCCAGGACGUCCUCCUGGUGGACGUAACCCCCCUCUCCCUCGGUAUCGAAACCGCCGGCGGCGUCAUGACCAAGAUCAUCGAACGCAACUCGCGCAUCCCGUGCAAGCAACAGCAAACCUUCACCACCUACAGCGACAACCAGAACGCCGUAACGAUCCAGGUCUUCGAGGGCGAACGCGCCAUGACCAAGGACAACAACCUGCUCGGCACCUUCAACCUGACCGGAAUCCCACCCGCCCCCCGUGGCGUCCCCAAAAUCGAAGUGACCUUCGACCUGAACGCCGACGGCAUCCUGAACGUCUCCGCCAAGGACAACAGCACCGGCAAGCAGGAAAAGAUCACCAUCAAGAACGACAAGGGCCGCCUCUCGAAGGCCGAAAUCGACCGGAUGCUGUCGGAGGCGGAAAAGUACCGCGAGCAGGACGAACGCCAACGGGAGCGCAUCACGGCGCGGAACGCCCUCGAGAGUUACAUCUUCAACUGCAAGCAGGCCGUGGAGGAAGCGGCGGCCGGCAAGCUGACCGACGAGGACAAGAAGACGGUCCAGGACAAGUGCGGGCAGGAAAUGAGCUGGCUCGAUGCGAACACGCUGGCCGAGAAGGACGAGUUCGAGCACCGGUUGAAGGACUGCCAGCGGGUUUGCGGACCGAUCAUGGCCAAGAUGCACCAGGGAGGUGGUCAAGGGGAAGGAGGAGCGACGGCGGGGGGAGCCGCGACCGGAGGAAAGGGACCGACCGUGGAGGAGGUUGAUUAAAAAGGGGGGCCGUGAAUCCUCUGCUGCCGGUGAAGAUUCGAACCAUAGAUGUGGGUGCUUGUGUUUGUUUAUUUAUGCUAUUGUUUGUUGGGUGUUGACAUUUGAUGCAAUAAAAUUAUUUUGAAGAAAA